GAUUUGGUUCUUUGGCAAAAUACGUUCUACGAUAAGUAGUGAUCCGUCGUCGUGGGGUGACCUUAAUUAAAUUUUGAAUUUUUUUAAAAAAAAGUGUUUGUAAUCACUUGACUAUGUGUGUGGGAUAAUUACGGAAUUCGUGUUGUGUGUUGCCCAAUUUAAGUGAAUUUAGUGUCCAGUGGAAAGCUAUGUACGACAAUAAAAAUCGCCUGUGUGUGUGAAAACCCCCGAGUGUUUCGUUUGAAUUUUUAAUUUUUAUUUUAAAUUUUCUUUGUUUAUUGUGAAAUUUGCCCUGCCAAGAAAUGGCACAAUUUGUGACUCACAUUCAACCUACGUUGAUGGAAUCAUCGCACGGUCAUGUUCCUCAUCAUCAUCAUCACCAUCAAACUGGUACCUCACAUCUUCCGCACAGUGGUCAUAAUUUACCACAGCUACCAAUUGUUAGCCAAAACCAACAGAAUAGUCAACAUCCUCAUCAUAGUAGACCGAAAAAGCACCAUCAUCGACCACAGCCAGUUGAACGUCCAACGACAUUGUAUAAUGUGUCGGACGGAAACACGUCGUUUCUACGUGCGGCACGAGCGGGAAACCUUGACAAAGUCCUCGAACAUCUUAAGAAUAAUGUUGACAUAAAUACAAGCAAUGCUAAUGGCUUAAAUGCAUUGCAUCUAGCAGCUAAAGACGGCCAUGUUAUUGUCGUGGCCGAACUCUUACAACGUGGCGCCAUUGUUGAUAAUGCCACAAAGAAGGGAAACACUGCACUACACAUAGCGUCUCUGGCCGGUCAGGAAGAUGUUGUUAAACUAUUACUGCAACACAGUGCAUCGGUGAAUGCGCAAUCACAGAAUGGAUUCACGCCAUUGUAUAUGGCAGCACAGGAGAAUCACGACUCGGUUGUUAAGUUGUUGUUGGCGAACGGUGCCAAUCAAAGUUUGGCAACGGAAGAUGGAUUUACACCGUUGGCCGUUGCGAUGCAACAAGGUCAUGAUAAAGUCGUUGCUGUGCUAUUGGAAAGUGACACGAGGGGAAAGGUUCGGUUGCCAGCAUUGCAUAUUGCUGCAAAGAAAGAUGAUGUUAAAGCUGCCACGCUACUGCUUGAGAACGAUCACAAUCCUGACGUAACAUCAAAAUCUGGCUUCACACCACUUCACAUCGCUUCACAUUAUGGCAACGAAUCCAUUGCCAAUUUAUUGAUCCAAAAGGGGGCUGACGUCAAUUUCGCAGCCAAACACAACAUCAGUCCGUUGCACGUCACCGCCAAAUGGGGUAAGACGAACAUGGUAUCGCUGUUGCUGGAAAAGGGAGCAAACAUUGAGAGUAAAACUCGGGACGGAUUGACGCCAUUACAUUGUGCAGCCAGAUCCGGUCACGAGCAGGUUGUCGAUAUGCUGCUGGAACGUGGAGCUCCCAUCAGUGCUAAAACGAAAAAUGGUUUGGCACCACUACAUAUGGCCGCUCAAGGCGAGCACGUUGAUGCUGCUCGCAUUUUAUUGUACCAUCGAGCACCGGUCGAUGAAGUGACCGUCGAUUAUUUGACUGCUCUGCAUGUAGCUGCUCAUUGCGGUCAUGUACGAGUUGCUAAACUAUUAUUGGAUCGUAAUGCUGAUGCGAAUGCCAGGGCAUUGAAUGGCUUCACUCCUCUUCACAUCGCUUGCAAGAAAAACCGCAUCAAAGUGGUCGAAUUGUUGCUGAAACACGGUGCCAGCAUCAGUGCCACCACAGAAAGCGGCUUGACUCCAUUACACGUUGCUUCAUUCAUGGGCUGCAUGAACAUUGUUAUCUAUCUACUGCAACACGAGGCUAGUCCAGAUGUUCCAACCGUUCGCGGUGAAACUCCUUUGCAUUUAGCUGCUAGAGCUAAUCAGACCGACAUAAUUCGAAUUUUACUUCGUAACGGUGCCCAAGUCGACGCACGUGCACGUGAACAACAAACGCCACUACACAUUGCCUCUCGUUUGGGUAACGUUGAUAUCGUUAUGCUGUUACUGCAACAUGGCGCACAGGUCGAUGCGACCACAAAAGACAUGUACACCGCUUUGCAUAUUGCGGCCAAGGAGGGACAAGACGAGGUCGCUGGUGUUCUAAUUGAAAACGGUGCAUCACUUGACGCGACCACUAAAAAAGGCUUUACACCGUUGCAUCUUGCUGCAAAAUACGGUCACAUGAAAGUUGGUGAACUGCUACUGCAAAAAGAUGCUCCUGUUGAUGCUCAGGGCAAAAAUGGCGUAACUCCACUACAUGUGGCUAGUCAUUACGAUCACCAAAAUGUGGCACUUCUUCUACUGAACAAAGGUGCAAGUCCUCAUUCAACAGCAAAGAAUGGACAUACACCGUUGCAUAUUGCUGCACGUAAAAAUCAGAUGGACAUAGCCACAACUCUGUUAGAAUACGGAGCUCAGUCCAAUGCCGAAAGUAAAGCCGGUUUCACGCCACUUCACUUAAGCGCUCAGGAAGGGCACACCGAAAUGUCCAGCUUGUUACUGGAGCAUAAAGCCGAUGCCAAUCAUCAGGCUCGUAACGGACUCGCCCCAAUGCAUCUCUGCGCACAGGAAGAUAAAGUGCAGGUCGCCCAAAUUUUGGUCAAACAUGGUGCAGAAAUUGAACCUGUCACCAAGGCCGGAUACACUCCAUUGCACGUGGCCUCACAUUUUGGCCAGUCAAAUAUGGUCCGAUUUUUGGUACAGCAAAAUGGAGCCAAUGUUAAUGCAUCCAACGGAAUCGGAUACACUCCAUUACAUCAGGCCGCUCAACAAGGACAUUGUCACAUUGUCAAUUUGUUGGUGGAAAACAAUGCCGAUCCAAAUGCAUUGACUCAGAGCGGACAGUCACCACUCAAUAUCGCAAACAAACUCGGCUACAUAAGUGUCGUCGAGUCGUUGAAAAAUGUCACCAAUCAAACCACAUCUCCAAUGCAAACGUCUGUUAACGAAGGAGAAAAAUAUCGUGUCGUCGCUCCAGAAGCCAUGCACGAAACGUUCAUGUCAGAUUCAGAAGAGGAAGGUGGAGACGAUAAUGCAACGGAUCAACCGUACCGUUAUUUAACGGUCGACGAAAUGAAGUCACUCGGUGAUGAUUCACUACCGAUCGAUGUUACACGCGACGAGCGUAUCGAUUCGAAUCGAAUGGUUCAGUCAACCGAUUCGGCAAAUUAUCCGUCUGUUGUGAUUGAAGAUAGUAUUAGUCCACAGCAUAUAACCCAUGUGGACAAGAAAUUGAACGAUAGCAAUUACAUCAUUGACAAUGUCAAGCUCGAUCGACAUCCGCAACAUGUUGGUAAACUCCACUGGAAAAACUUCUUGGUAUCGUUUCUGGUUGACGCUCGUGGUGGAGCGAUGCGUGGUUGUCGACACAGUGGCAUUCGCAUUAUCGUUCCGGCUCGAUCAGCUGCACAGCCGACUCGUGUCACGUGUCGUUACAUAAAACCGCAACGUACUCUUCAUCCGCCCCAAUUGAUGGAAGGUGAAGCUUUGGCCAGCCGAGUUUUGGAAUUGGGUCCGGUUGGUGCCAAAUUUUUGGGACCGGUUGUCAUGGAAGUACCACACUUUGCGUCACUGCGCGGAAAAGAACGAGAAAUUGUCAUAUUGCGAUCGGACAAUGGCGAAACGUGGCGAGAACAUUCCAUUGAUAAUUCCGAUGAAAUUGUUCAGGAAAUACUGAACGAUUGCUUCGAGCCAGAAGAUCUGAAUCAAAUGGAUGAUUUGGCCGGUGGUCGUAUUUGCCGUUUCGUUACAUACGAUUUUCCGCAGUACUUUGCCGUCGUGUCACGUAUUCGUCAAGAGGUUCAUGCUAUUGGACCGGACGGUGGUAUGGUAUCCAGCACUGUUGUUCCACAAGUCCAGGCAGUAUUUCCGCAAGGAGCCUUGACGAAAAAGAUCAAAGUUGGCCUUCAGGUAAAUCUGUUCAAGCCGCGAAAGGGCAUUGCGCCCGACAAACUACGCAAAAUUAGCGUCAAUCAUGUUCCAAAGAAGAAACGAUUUUCUCUAAUGUGGUAAACUAAACGUUACCCGAAGCAACGGAUUUAUAAUUGCGAGGAAAAACAUCCAUUUAGGCAAGGUCUCACAAAAUUAGGUUAUACUCAAAGCAUGCUGCCAUUUUUUUCACUAGGUAACUCAAAAAUUCGAAUUUGUGAAGCUGCAUAAAUCAAGAAAAAAAUAUUGGUCGGUAAUGUUGCUCACAUGUCAAAAUUCAAUGUUGAAUGGACGUGUGCAGCAACAUUACGAACUAGAAUUUUUUACGUUGAUUACCCCACAGAGCCAAUGACAAUGUAAGACCUUGCAUUUAUAGCCUAAGUAAACUAAUCAAGUCGUCCAUAUCUACAGAAUAAAACACUUUUACAGUCAGUAAUAGACAUAGUUGAUUACAUUCAGUCAUAUAAAAUUGAACGAAACGCUUAGUCAUAAAGAAAAAGCCAUAAAAAUAGUUCCGCACCUAUCGAUUAUGCCAAAUAUGUCAUUUAACAUUAAAUUCUUCCAAUCGAAUAGUUCUGCUUGUUAUCAUGGUAGUAGGCAGAGUAAGCACUAGAAGGAAGCGCAAAUCAUUGUUUCAUUAUCCAAGACAUUUCUCUCGAGUUAUAAAUUUCUACACCCAGUAUCGAUCGAAAUGUCGCCAAUUUUGCCUUUUGGUUACGCUGACUAGAACCGUUACCUCAUAUAGGAGUAGUGAAGCUCUCCCAAAUUAACUACACGUUAAAUUGAUUAGGUCAGAGUUUAUUUUAUUGCAAAGAGAAUCCCUAUUUUCGACGGAAAGUCGACAAAAAUCGUCUUCAAUAGCUAGGAAUUGAAAUUGUUUUCAGAAUAUAUUUCAGGUUAAAGCUAUGUCGAGGUUGACAACCCCUAGUAUUCAAAACUGCUCGUUGACACAUAAGUUAGAAUCAAAAGAUUUCACGAACGGCAAAAAGUCACAUUCCUACACUAGUGCGUAAAUAUUUACCCACUCUACCUUGAUCGCACUGAUGUAUUGUAAGUAGCUAUUUUCGACGCUAUCUUUUUACGCACUAGAUGUGAGGCGAUCACUUCGAUACAAGUUCCGAAUAAGAUUUCUUUUGCACUUCGAUGUCGAAAGGGUUACAAAUAACAAAAUGACUUUAACGAACUAGUUCGGAAAAAAUACAUGAAGGACGUUCAAUUGCCACAUCCAGUGCGAAUAAAAGCAUCAUUCGCGUGUAACUCACUCUGUUAUUUUUCUCAUCUAAUCUGUAAAAAGACGAGACAUCGAACGCUUCCACUUUAGUGCUCAAAAAUAUUAACUAUUAACUAUCGGCCUGUAUUUAAAGGAAGAAUCCUAGCGAUCUCAGCUGAAAAUCUAAUAAUAUUACUCUUAUUCGUCACUCCGUCAUGAAACGACGAUGGCAGUAACGGAAGCUAAAAGAAACGAAAAUUGCA